AAUCUCGUGAUCUUAUCUUGUGCAUCCUCUAAUGUCACAGCCUCCAAUUCUUUGCCCCCGAAAAAUAACGGCAAAAAGGAAAAAAAAAAUGGCAGCAGUUUUCCUCUCAAAUGCUAACACCUUCCUCCCUUCUAUUCGAUCUACCUCUUCAUCUUCUUCUGAACAUGUAACAAUACUCUCUAAUAGGAAACUGGUUAUAUGCAAGGCAGUAAAUGAGGCCUCUCUUUCUUCUCAAAUUCUCUCCAAGAGAAGCCUUUGCAUUAGUGUAAGUUCAAUAUGUGCGCUCGCCUUAACUGGUAAAGGCUAUUUUGACGCCAAUGCUGCUAUUCUCGAGGCGGAUGAUGAUGAAGAACUGUUGGAGAAAGUGAAGAGGGAUAGGAAAAAGAGGAUUGAAAGACAAGGAGUCAUUAAGUCAUCCACCAAGGAGACAGCAUACCUGCAAGAUCUUGUGUAUAAACUGAGCAAAGUUGGUCAAGCCAUUGAAAACAAAGAUCUUUCUGCCGCAAGUUCAGUUCUUGGUCCAAUUACUGAUACAGAAUGGGUUUCAAAAAUCAAAUCAGCAUUUAAAAAGUUGAGCUCUAGCCCUGAAGAGAAAACUGAGGUUGACGUCUUCAACUCAUCACUCUCGUCUUUGAUUUCAUCAGUUUCUGGAAAUGACAUUGAAGCAUCGGAAAAAGCUUUUGUGGCAUCAGCAAGUGCACUUGAGAAGUGGACAAUAUUGACAGGGUUGGUUGAACAGCUUAGAGGCCUUUGAAUUACAAAUUAAAAAGCAGUGCUUAUACGAAAUAGAUAUUUCGUUAUCCUCCAAUGUUAGAGGACUCUUCUUUGACUAAUUUUUCCGGGACCAACUGAUAAUUAUUCUUUGCCUGAAGGAGCUGUUUACAUGUUGCUCAAUGUACUUGGCUCAAAUUGUAAUUGAAUUUCCUUGAAAUAAUAAAAAAUUUUGAUGGAUCCUUCUUGGAA